CAUCUUAAUAACAACACAUAAACAACCAACCACCAGCACCACCACCGCCACCACCUUCUUUUGUUAAAAGGGUAAAAGUGUAAAAUACCAAAAAUCCCUAAAUCGCUGCAGCUUCAUCCACACCGUUUGCCGCGUGUGGCACUGUAUUUGCUUUUUUAUCUCACAAUCAAUAUAUGCGCGCACUGAAUAAUCAGAAGAAGAAAAAAAAUGGAGUAAUUCGCAGAACAAAUUCCACUCUCUACCUUUUGUUUACCCUCUUCAAUCAUCACCGUUCAACCCCUCACUCCAUCCCAUUUUCAACUGAAAUUUCUUGACAAUUUGAGGAUAGAAGUUUUUCUGCUAUUAUAUAUUUGGAUGGGGAAGGGUUCGAAGAGCGGUGCAUGCAAAUCGGCAUCACACAACCUCUUCAAGGAUAGAGCAAAGAAUCGUGUGGAUGAUCUGCAAGGCAUGUUCGGCGAUCUUCAAUCAGCCAGAAAAGAGAGCCGCUCAAUUGAUGUGGCUUUGCUCGAAGAGCAAGUUCACCAGAUGCUUCGAGAAUGGAAGGCCGAACUAAACGAGCCCUCGCCAGCUUCUUCCUUGCACCAGCAGGGAGGGAGCUUGGGGUCGUUUUCGUCUGAGAUUUGUAGGCUGCUGAAGUUUUACGAGGAGGAAGAUGAUGCAACUAGUUUAUUAGCUCCACCAAAGCCAGAGCCCGGUGUUCCGAAGGUUGUGAAUGGAUUUACUUCUCGAGAGGGUUUCAACAUGUCUAACAAUAAUUCUCACGAACAAGGCUUUCCAUUACUCGACCAGUGCAAAAACACCGCCAUGGGACCCACCACCACUAUAGAAACUAACAACAUGUGUUUGGAGAAACAGUGCCAAACCAACUUCCCUUCAUUCGAUUUCAAUCAAGAAAUCGGGCCCCACUAUUUCUCGGGGUUCGAUGAAACGACGACUCAGUUUCCAAUCUAUCAGCAGAGUAUUCCCCCUCCACCUUCUGCUUUUUUAGGUGCCAAAUGUGCCCUUUGGGAUUGUCCGAGACCAGCACUAGGGCUAGAAUGGUCACAAAAUCCAGACGACUAUUGCAGUAGCUAUCAUGCUGGCAUAGCACCUGGUGAAGGCUACCCUGGUAGGCCCCCCGUAAUAAGGCCAGGUGGCAUUGGGUUGAAAGAUAACAUGCUUUUUUCGGCUCUUGGUGCAAAGUCACGAGGCAAAGAUGUUGGCAUUCCGGAAUGUGAGGGCGCUGCUACUUCAAAAUCCCCUUGGAAUGCCCCUGAGCUCUUCGAUCUCAUGGUAUUGGACGGUGAAACAAUAAGGGAGUGGCUCUUCUUCGACAAGCCAAGAAGAGCCUUCGAAAGCGGGACCCGCAAGCAACGCUCCCUCCCCGACUACAACGGCCGAGGCUGGCACGAGUCAAGGAAGCAAGUGAUGAACGAAUUCGGAGGUCUCAAAAGAUCCUACUACAUGGACCCACAGCCAAUGGAAAACUUCGAGUGGCAUCUUUACGAAUACGAAAUCAAUAGAUACGAUAUGUGCGCUCUGUAUAGGCUCGAAGUGAAGCGCGUCGAUGGGAGGAAAACUCCCAAGGGUAAAAUGGGUAAUGACUCGGUUGUUGAUCUGCAGAAGCAAAUGGGCAGGCUUAAUGCAGAGUUCCCUAAUGAUGGUAAUCAGCGAAUCGUUAAGGCGAGGAGCAAGGCUAAUACCGGUGAAGGGUUUGAUUACCCGAGGGGAGGUGCACCGUAUGAUUAUCUUGUUGACAAUAACAACGGCUACUAUUUGACUUGAUUGGUGUUUGCAAACUUCGGUAAGAAUCUUUCGAUAAUAUAUAUACAGUCAUAACAUACUGGAUCAUGUUUUAUCUGCUAAGAUGGUUCGGUGUAUGAACUUUUCUUGUUCAGGUGAAUAUUUACAAAAUAAGCCACGUGUAGCUUACUCAUUGGGUAUAUAAAGAAUGAACAUCCUGGCUUCUCUAAUUCUGCACUAUUUUGAUUAAGAGUUUUAACUUUUAAUUCUGUUCAAAAAAUAAAUAAAUUAAUAAUUGAUUUGAUAUCUUUCGCU